AUGAAGCUUCAGCGCAAAAAACCGAUCGUCUUUCUGCUGAUCGUGGCGUUUGGCGUCCUGUUCUUCUGCUGCAACAACCUGUAUCUGUUUCACAUGCCGAAGAUGCGGCGCAAGGUAGAUCAGGACCAGGCGGAGCAGAAUCUCAUCGGCGGGCUGCAGGUGGUACGCAGGCUCUGGCAUGGAUGGGCCAUGGAAGAACCAGCACCACCGUCCGGGGGCGGUGGUCCAGCCCUCGUGACUACAGCGGUGCCGUUCGAACAGCAUCACUUUAACCGUACGGUUAGCGAUCGACUCGGUGCCGAACGGCCCAUUCCCGAUACGCGUCAUCCAAACUGCCAACAGCGCACCUACCUCACGACUCCUGGGCGUACUACAACUGUGAUAAUAACGUUCCAUAAUGAAGCUACCUCCGCACUGUUGCGAACGAUCGCCAGCAUCCUGCAGCGUACUCCGCCCGAUAUGUUGCACGAAAUUAUCCUGAUCGAUGACUGCAGCGACAAUCAUGAGCGCAGCAGCUUGGAGCAUCCUGCGAAAAUUGGUAGAAAACCUCAGGAUGUUAGGUAUUACGAAUCAUUAAACCAAAUACCACUCGUGAGAUACUACCGAAAUUCGGUGCGACAAGGACUGAUACGCUCCAGAAACAUUGGGGCGACGUACGCGAGUGGAAGCUACAUCCUGUUUCUGGACAGCCAUUGUGAGGUGAAUCGGGGCUGGCUGGAACCGCUGCACGAUCGUCUCGCGAUCGACGCGACUGCCAUCCUUAGUCCGGUGAUCGACAUCAUCGAUCCGCGUACGUUCGAGUAUCGGGCAAACAGUGCCCGGUUGCGGGGCGGCUUCGAUUGGAGCCUUCACUUUCGCUGGUUGCCAAUCGCCGAGGAAGAGUUCGAGCAUCGGCGACACGAUGAAUCGUUACCGUUCUACAGCCCUGCCAUCUCCGGAGGCAUAUUUAUCGUGGCGAAGAAUCUGUUCGAGCAGCUGGGAGGGUUCGAUCCGGGUAUGGACAUUUGGGGUGGCGAAUCGCUCGAGAUGUCCCUGAAAGCGUGGAUGUGCGGUGCACACGUGGAGGUGGUGCCCUGUUCUCGUGUUGGGCACGUCUUCCGGCGCAAGCAUCCGUUCAGCUUUCUACCCGACGGCAGCCAUGUGACGUAUCUACGCAACACGAAACGUGUGGCACUCGUUUGGAUGGAUGAGUUCCAGAACUUCUUCUACGAAGCCCGCCCAGAGGCGGUACCGAUCGAUGCGGGAUCGAUUACACAGCAGCAGCACCUGCGACGGUCGUUAAACUGUCGCAAAUUCAGCUGGUACCUGCAGAACGUGUUCCUCGACCUGAAGCUUCCCAACGAGAACAAUGUCGCUUUCGGGCAGCUACGACACGGCGAACGAUGUCUUGCCGUUAAGCCAAAGAGAAUGCCAGCAUCGGCAAGAACGCGUAAACGAUUGAGCGAGAAUGACAUCACAUUGGUGGACUGUGGGGCACGUGAUAUGGACGGAAACGAAGGGCAGCUGCAGUGGGCGCUACAUAAAACCAACGGUCAGUUAAGUACGGACCGUGCGGUUUGUCUUACGGUGCGUAAUGGUUUCGUCGCGGUAGAACGCUGUCGCCAGAAGAGUAACCUUCCGCGAACGGACGAUAGGGAUGGACAACGGUGGCAACGGCAGGGCGGUACACUGAUACACCAAGCAAGCGGGAUGUGCUUGGAAAAUCUCGUCAGGGAUGAUGUCGGUGCAUCCGAGUGCCGCCGUGGUGCACCGUCGCAGCUGUGGAGUUUCUCUGUAGAAGUGCAACAGCUCACGUAG